ACUUUGUUGACAGUUGGGACACCACGUCGAGCGAUCAUUUUCCAAAACAGUGUGGGGGGCCAAGAUAUGUUCCAGACGUGGGUCCAUGGCAUCUUUCAUCCGGCACGGCAGGUCCAGUCGUGCCCAGAGCCAAACCCGCGUCGCCGCGGCGACUCGGCCUUGUUGGACGACGACGUUUUCGCGCCGUCGAACCGGGCACGAGCCAACACGCUGGACGACAUGACGACUUGUCGCCGCCGGUCGGAUGCUGCCGUAUCCGCGUGGGACAGCAAGCGGCAACUGUGCCAGAACUGCAAACGCAUUUUCCUCAAGUUUCUUAGCCCGUGCACCGCCUAUUGCUCCCUCGACUGCCAGUCCAACGCGGCGUACUUGGUCGCGGUGUCGGAAGGCAUCCGAGCGGCAGCACAAACCAUCGCCACGCCAGAGACGGACACCACGGUCGACGGCGCGUCGUCCAAGCCAAUGUCCAUGGCUGCAGUCCCGUUUGGAACGACCGAGAACGGGCACGUGCCCGAGUCCGCUAUCGAAGGCUGCUGCACCCAGCUUUCCUCCGCAAUGGCAAUGUCGCAGCCGAAACGCGUCGCGGAUGACCAGUGUCCCGUCGGCACCAGCCCGACGACUCAAGGGUCGUACUCGUCCACGAUCGACUUUGACCAGUACACCGACGACGAUGAUGACGACUCCGACGACUCGCUCGAGCGCCACACGUAUGCGGACUUUUACACGGAAAAGCUCCAGCUUGCCCGUCGAGUCGAGUGGAAUUUCAGCGCGCUGUAUUAGCGUGUGCCCCUUACUAUUUAGUGCUCCCAAUCGUAUUUAUUCUCCUGCUAAUGUUAUGAACGUCAUGUUCCUGCAAACCCGUCAGUCGAUGCGUGUAGUCGGAGCCACAGCAUGGCGCACAACAAGGCGGCGA